CGCGGCCCGGCCGCGGGACGGCGGCGGCCAUGGCGCUGUCGGCCGUGCAGCAGGUGCUGGUCUCGGCCGUGCUGGUGCUCUGCGUCUUCGUCGUCAUGCCCAGGAUGUUCGGGGGAGGAGGCGGCGGGCGGCCCGGCCGGUCCCCGCGGGGCGGCAAGGCCGGCCCCGGCCAUUACGAUCCCCGUCAGCACGGCAGAGGAAGUCCUCAGACAGUUUAUCAAGUUCACCGGACUCCAGGAAAUUCUGACAGUAAUACUUACCAGAGUUUUCAACAAAUGAGAAAUGCAAUGGAAAAAGAGAUCAAAAGUGAGAGAACGAGAGGAAACGGCCGAGAGUUAGCAUUCACCCUCAUGCCGCUGUAUGCUCUUGGAGUGGGAGUGUUUGCAGCAUACAAACUUCUUAAGAUGAAGUCACAGGAAGAAAGUCACUCCAAAAAGGAAAAAAGUACAGAAGACAAAGCAAAAGAAACAGAGCAUCAGCUUUUAGAACUGGAGCAACAUCUAGCACAGACAGAGAAAAUGUUAAAUUCUUUAUUGACUCAGUUGGAUCCACUUUCAAACUGUGUCAAUGCUUUAGCUUGUGAGCAGAAAGAUGAAAUAAUGACACAGCUCCAAUCAAUUAGACGACUGAUGAAAGAAAGUGGAUUGGAUAAAUCGGAAAACAAGAUGAAAGAUCUUGGACACAUUUGUGAUGAGAAACUUGAAGAUCUCAUUCAGUCGUUUGCCGAACAUUCUCAAGAGAAAGAAAUGGACAACAGAGAAGAUGACUGUAACGGAGAUUUGCUUGAGGAUAUUGAUAAUGAUUACAAAAUAGAAGAGCAUGAAUUACAUAGUGAAUGUGAAAUACAUCAGUUGGAGCCAGAUGUUGUAGAAGAUGAAGAAAUUAUAAGCAAAGAUGCCAUUGAAUCAGAAGAGAUGGGACUGAGGAGACGCAAUAGAUGUGAAUGGAAUCUGCAUAUGUAAAACUUCCAAAAGCUUAUGAAUUCUUUUUAUAAUGUUGUAUGCACUUUAAACUGAAAUGAAUUAUGUGCACUGCUAUAUGCUUUAAAAAGAGGGGUGAAAUACUGCCUUUGCUCGUAUCUAUGACAGUUCUGUAACUGACUUCAGUGGCAGCAGAAUUUUACUCAGGAUGUUUACAUAUUUUUUCUAUUUAUUUUUUCCCUAUAAAAAUAUUUCUGUACUCUGUAUAUAAUGCACUGUAAUUAUAUCUGAUGCUUCACUAAAAUAUUAGAAUAUCUUCUAAUUGAGACUAUAAAAAAUAGAUGUUUCAUAAAUGUUUUGUAACUAGAAAGCAUUAUGCCACUUGAACAGUGACUUUCUUGAGUUCAUUAAAGAGCAUGCACUGAUGAAUUCAGCUCUUGGUGGAAAAAUUUUCUCUGGGAGUGUGAAAAGCAGUAUGCAUUAAGUCUUUGAUACUUAUUCAUAGUUAAGUUUCUUUAUUUGGAGAGAGAAAUUCAGCCAUGGACACAAAGUGAAAAUAAUGAUGUCUACAUUUGCAAUCUCCUGAGUAAUGAUGUUUAGUUUUGUAUGUCAACUUAAUACCAAAUGUAUUACACUGGAUCACUUAAUUUCUUCCCCACUUGUCACUUGUUAAACUCA